GUGGUGGAGAAGGAGGUGAGGUGGCCAAUCUAAACCCGAUAACGAACCAGCUGGUCUCAGUGCCGUUCUAGAAGGUUUUGCGGGAAGGUGUAUUUUCCUCUCGUUGUCAAUCAAAAAUUAAUUCUUUUUUCUUUUCCCCUUUCCUAAAGCUUUUUUCUACCGUGCACCCUAACACACAGUGGUGGGUGAUUUGCGUGUGUGCGUGUGUUGUGUGUCUGUGCCUCUGUGUACAUGUAUGUACGUGGGUGGAUGACAAGAAAGAAGAAGAAGAACCGAAUGGGUUAUAUUAUAAUAUUUAGUUACAAUUGUUAGAUCUAAGGUGACAGUGAAUUAAUUACUGCGCGAAAUCGAUCUACGUCGUUGUAAAGAGACAAUAGGAAAAGAAAAAACCAAAAUUAUUGGAAGGGUAUAUCAUACAAAAGGAAUUUUUCGUUAAAGGUAUCUUUUUUCAUUUCUUUUCCUCGACUGAGAAAAGGGGGAACCUGCUGGACAAAUCGAAGAAGCAAAUAAAGAAACAGAAACUAAUUCUGAAUUUACUGACUUGACUUGACUUACUUACUUACUUACUUACUUACUGACGGACAAACGGACGUGCAAAAAAAAGAUAAUAAUUAAAAAAGGAAAAAUAUAUAAAUAGAUAAGGAAAAAGGAUGCCGUGAUCAGUUGAGAGAAGAAAAAGGUCGGUGGUAUGUAUCCGGGACGAGAAGGUCGGCGGUUCACGUAGAGCACGCGCGACCAUUUCCAAACCCAAACCCAAACCCAAGACCAAGAAGAAGAAGAAGAAGACGACGAGGACGACUACAACGACGAAACACAGGCCUCGACUAAUAGAAAAACGACGAACAAGUACGAAUUAGACAAUUACGAGAGGAAUCCUUAAUUCUCAUCUGAAAUUAACUCAAUCGCCAUGACUUUAAGACAGCUUUACGUCAAGGGUGGCAAAGUAUGGGUACCGCAUCCGGACAAAAUUUGGGAGGGUGCAAUCCUCUUAGAGGAUUACAAAGUAAAUCGGUCAACAUUAAAGGUACACACAGACGACUCGAAUCAGACGAAAACCUUAGAGAUAAAAUGCGACGACGAUUUACCACCGUUAAGAAAUCCAGACAUAUUGAUGGGAGAAAAUAAUUUAACAUCUUUGUCGUUCCUUCACGAACCAGCUGUUCUAUACAAUCUACAAAUACGUUUUCAAAGGCAUUGCAUUUAUACAUAUUGCGGUAUCGUUUUGGUUGCCUUUAAUCCCUACAAUGAAUUACCUAUUUAUGGGAAUGAUACGAUAUGGGCGUACAGAGGUCAAGCUAUGGGGGAUUUGGAACCCCAUAUAUUCGCUGUUGCUGAAGAAGCUUACACUAAAUUGGAAAGGGAAGGUCACGAUCAAUCGAUCAUCGUGUCGGGUGAAUCGGGUGCGGGUAAAACCGUUUCAGCCAAAUACACCAUGCGAUAUUUCGCUACUGUCGGUGGUUCCACGACUGAAACGCAAAUUGAAAAAAAAGUUUUAGCUUCUUCGCCGAUCAUGGAAGCUAUCGGUAAUGCUAAAACAACUAGGAACGAUAAUUCAUCGAGAUUUGGCAAAUUCAUAGAGAUACAAUUUAAUAAAACUUAUAAUAUAACCGGUGCCAGUAUGAGAACUUAUCUUUUGGAAAAAUCAAGAGUCGUGUUUCAGGCAAACGAAGAGAGGAAUUAUCAUAUAUUUUAUCAAAUGUGCUCGGCAGCGAAGCGUCUUCCACAUUUACAUCUUGGAAACUCAAUGGGUUUUCAUUAUCUAAAUCAAGGAAACAAUCCUAAAAUCGAAGGUGUCAACGAUCUAACGUGUUUCGAUGAUACCAUUAGUGCACUUACGAUGCUUGGUUUUACAUCGAAACAACAGGACGAUAUGUUAAGAAUAUUAGCAGCCAUAUUGCAUUUAGGAAACGUUAAUAUUAAUAGCUAUGACGGACAGAGCGAUAAUCGCGACGACGAUACCGAAGCUAGUUUUAUUUCUCCAAAUGAUAAAAAUCUAUUAAUAAUAUCGGAAUUACUCGGUACCGAUGUGAACGCUAUGAGAAAAUGGCUUUGUCAUAGGAAAAUCGUAUCAAUGAGGGAAGUAUUUUUAAAACCAAUGAAUGCUGAACAAGCGAUUGGAGCUAGGGAUGCUUUGGCUAAACACAUUUAUGCCGAAUUAUUUAAUUGGAUAGUAAAUGGUAUCAAUAAUUCUCUACAAUCACAAACGAAAGCUCAGUGUUUUAUCGGUGUAUUGGACAUUUAUGGAUUCGAAACGUUCGAGGUCAAUUCGUUCGAACAAUUUUGUAUUAAUUACGCUAAUGAAAAGUUACAGCAACAAUUUAAUCAGCACGUAUUUAAGCUCGAACAAGAAGAAUAUCUGAAGGAAGAAAUCGAAUGGACCUUUAUAGAUUUUUACGAUAACCAACCGUGCAUUGAUCUAAUCGAAACGAGAUUGGGCAUAUUGGAUUUAUUGGACGAAGAGUGUCGGAUGCCAAAAGGAACGGACAGCUCGUGGGCCGAUAAACUUUAUGCAAAAUGUAACAAAUCUAAACAUUUCGAGAAGCCACGAUUUGGUACUUCCGCUUUUUUGAUUCACCAUUUUGCUGGGUUGGUUCAAUACGAGACAUUAGGUUUUCUUGAAAAGAACAGAGAUACUGUAAUUGAGGAACAAGUAGACGUUUUAAGGGCUGGUGAUAAUAAAUUAUUGAAGAAAUUAUUUUGCGACGAGGAUCCAAAAUUGGUUGUACCAAACACGAGGGUCAAAGUGUCCGCACAAAAACCAGUAAUAACUCCCAAGCAAAAUAAAAAAACGGUUGGUUCCCAAUUUCGAGAUUCUUUAAAUAUGUUAAUGUCAACGUUAAAUGCAACGACACCGCAUUACGUUCGUUGCAUCAAGCCAAACGAUACAAAGGAAUCAUUCGAAUAUAAUCCAAUACGUGCUGUACAACAAUUACGAGCAUGCGGUGUGCUUGAAACGAUUAGAAUUUCUGCUGCUGGUUUUCCAAGUCAGAGAACGUAUUCCGAAUUCUUUCAAAGAUACAGAUGCCUGUGCGUUUUCAAAGAAAUCAAACGGGACGAUCUUAAAGAAACUUGUCGUCGUAUAUUGUCCAGGUAUAUCAAGGACGAAGAUAAGUUCAAGUUUGGUAAAACAAAAGUAUUGUUUCGUGCCGGACAAGUGGCUUAUCUUGAAAAAUUAAGAGCAGAGAAGCAAAUGAACGCGUGUAUAAUGAUUCAAAAGACUGUUCGUGGUUUAAUAUGUCAACUUAGGUAUAAGAAAAUACGAAGAGCUAUUUUAGGUCUCCAAAGAUACGGCAGAGGAUUUUUGGCAAGGCAAAGGGCCGAAAGGAUCAGACGCGAGAGAGCUGCGAUUAAAAUUCAAGCCAAUGUCAGGGGUUGGUUAAAGAGACGAUGCUAUCAGCGAAUAAGACGCACAAUUAUUGGUAUUCAGAUUUAUGGUAGAGGUAAAAUGGCAAGAGAGAGGUAUCGUUUGAUGAAGGACAACGCGGCUGCAACGAUCAUACAACGAUUCGCGAGAGGAUAUCUAGUCAGAAUGGCGUGUAAAAAGAAAUUGAAGGAUAUCGUUAUAGUUCAAUCCUGCAUUAGAAGACACAUGGCUAAGAAAGUCUUUAGAAGGCUUAAAGCAGAAGCUAGAAGUGUUGAACAUGUUAAGUCACUUAACAAAGGUCUUGAGAAAAAGAUUAUAACAUUACAACAGAAGAUAAAUGAUCUUGCUAAAGAAAAUCAUAACUUAAAGAACGUACAUAAUGAAGUAUUUGAUUUGAAGAAUAAAUUGGAAAUACUUAAACCCGUAGAAGCAGAGAAUAAAAAGUUAAAUGGUAUUUUAUUGUUGAAAGAAAAGGAAUUAGAAAAGGUUCAAAAUCUAUUGAAACAAGAGAGAGAUGAAAAGAUGGAUAUUUUGCAGGAUAAAGAGAAAAUCACGGAAGAAAAAGGUCAGGAGAACAUUAAGCUGUUGGAGGAAAAUGAAAAAUUGCGAAAAGAACUUUCAGUGGCUAAUGAUAUAUUGAAAAGUAAUUUACGGGGUGCCGAAGAAAAUCUUAAGCAUCGUUUGGAACAGGAAAAGGAUUUACUUUUGUUGGAUCAAGAUCAAGAUCGUGGUGCUUAUCAAAAAUUGUUGAAAGAAUUCCAUGAAUUGGAGCAACACGCUGAGAUGUUGGAACAGAAACUUGCACUUCACGUACCAGGACAUUCUCGUUCAUUGAGCAAUGCAUCCAGUAGCAGUGGACAAGUUGUUUCAACGGAGUUACCACAGGAUGAUCAGAAUAUUGAUUUUGGUUACGGAUCCGUACGAUCAACGGCAUCAUCAUCAACGCCAUAUUCACGGGUGGAAACUAUUGAUUGGAACCAACAACGUUCGAAUAGUCCACCUGACGGUGAAGUACAACCCAAUAAAUUACAUUCAGAAACAACUAAUGGACCAGCCCAUGCACCUGUAGACAUUAAUUUGGUAUUAAAACUUCAACAAAAAUUGAAGGACGUUGAAAAAGAAAAUGGACGAUUGAUUCGAAUGGUGGAAGAUUUGGAACACGAUAAUCCCGAAGAAACUUCAAGGACACAAGAUACCUUCAGGCUUCAGGAAUUAGAAAUGGAAAAUGCGCAGCUUAAAAAGGAUUUGGGUUCGUUAAGAAAAAUUGUAUCUAGCACAGAUCCAACAGCUGCACAGCAACACCUAAUAGGACAAUUCGGGGCUCUACAAGAAGAAUUAGAAAGAAGAAGAGAAGAGUGCAUACAAUUGCACAGUGUAUUGGCUGAUCAUACUCGAAGAAUGAAGAGUCUUGGUUCGAAUUAUGGUCGAGAUGUUGAUAUUGUUAACGAAGAUGGUGAAUUGGUCCUUGCAUUCGAAGCACAGAAGAAAAUAAAUAGGCAAUUAGAAGACGAAUUGCAAGCCAAAGAGAAAGGUUGGAGAACGCAAAGGGACGAAUGGAGAGGAGAGAUCGACAGAUUGCAAGAAGAAAUUGAAAAGCAACAGAAAUUGUUGUCGGUCAAUUUGAGCAAAUCACCGCAAACGCAAACUGAGGCUUACAUGCAAUACGAAAUUACCAGAGUGAUUUCUGAAAAUUUGGAUCUUCAAGAAAAAUACGAUAAAAUAGCGGAGGAAUGUAGGAGGUUCAAGAAACAAUGCAAAAUCUUAGCUAAACUUCUCAAAGAUGCGGGAUACGAAGGAGACGAUAUUAAGGAACAUAAGGAUCGUCCUUAUAUGCUAAAAAAUACUGUACCAGACAGUAUAGAAUCAACCAACGAUUCCAAUACCGUUACAUCGACGACUCAUUCGUCAGGUGACAAUGGAACGAUUAUGCCAGCUAUUCGUAAAAAGGAAAGAGAUUACGAAGGAAUGUUCGAAUUUAGAAAGGAAGAUAUUGGUGUGAUAAUACGACAUUUAGUUAUCGAUUUAAAACCAAGAGUAGCGGUUGCUUUGUUACCUGGCCUACCAGCUUACAUCAUUUUUAUGUGUAUAAGACACACUGAUUGCAUCAACGACGACGACAAAGUUCGAUCAUUGUUAACCGCUUAUUUGAACAGUGUUAAACGUAUCGUUAAAAAACGCGAGGAUUUUGAAUACAGCGUUUUAUGGUUGAGCAAUACGUUACGAUUGUUGCACAAUAUGAAACAAUAUUCCGGUGAUAAACCGUUCCAAAUAGAAAAUACGCCUAGGCAAAACGAUCAGUGCUUAAGGAAUUUCGAUUUAAGCGAAUAUAGGACCGUAUUAAGUAACGUUGGUUUAUGGAUAUUCAAUAACAUUGUGACAACAUUGAAGGAGCGAAUUCAAGCUUUUACGGUACCGGCGCUUUUAGAGCACGAGGCGAUUUCUGGAUUGAAUUCAAACAAACCAGGUCGUCCCCGUUCGUCGUCCAUGGGCGAGGAGCCGGAUUCUACCCAGCAAAAGCUUGAAAAACUCCUCGACGAGCUUAGUUCUGUGCACAAAACUUUACUUUAUCACGGCGUAGAUCCAGAAAUAAUUACUCAAUUGUUUAAACAAUUAUUUUAUUUUAUGUGCGCAAGCGCGUUGAAUAAUUUAUUAUUGAGAAAUGAGCUUUGCCAUUGGACCAAAGGAAUGCAAAUCAGGUAUAAUUUGAGUCACUUGGAACAAUGGGGUAGAGAUAAACGUGUAACUGCUGCUGCCGAAGCACUUCAGCCGAUCAUCCAAGCGGCACAACUUUUACAAGCACGAAAAUCAGACGCGGAUGUGCAUUCCGUAUGCGAAAUGUGUAACAAAUUAACGGCCAAUCAAAUAGUUAAAAUAUUAAAUCUGUAUACGCCGGCGGAUGACUUCGAAACGCGAGUACCGGUAUCAUUUAUUAGAAAAGUAGAGGCUGAAUUGGCCAAACGUGAAGAAAACAACGAACAGCUUUUAAUGGACUUAAAGUACACCUAUCCAAUAAGAUUUCCAUUCAAUCCGUCGAACAUUCGCUUGGAAGACGUCGAAGUUCCAGAUGUGCUUCAACUACCAAUACUUAAGAAGAUCUAAUUACAUUGGCAAUACAAUUCUCUAGGGAGAGAGAGAGAGAGAAAGAGAGAGAGAGAGAAAGAGAAA